UGGUCGUCUGUGGCGUGUAUCAUGCACGCAUCUGCGCACUUAAUGAAGCGGGGUGUGCGAAAAUCAGGUGUCAGAGUGAAUGGCAUGGAGCGAAUAUUCAAGUUGAGCCCACAGUUAAUAUUUAACUGAAUUGAUCUACAUCCGAUUUCGUCAAAUCCUGCCACCGAGUGAAACAAUUUGUCAGUCAAAGAGUAGCUGGACAUGUAAGAGAACCCGCAGUUACUGAAUUCCAGUAAUCACCAAACGCAAUAUUUCUGAGCAUCUCGGUCGCAGCAAAGGAAUACAUUGUACGAUAUCAGCAUGGCGCUUCUGUGUUACACAGCGCGCUAUCUUAUUUAUUUCUGGUUCUUCAUGCUUUUGAAUAUUCAAGGAACACAAGGCUCAGAUAUGCAGAAAAAACUCUUCGAUAACUUAUUUGAGACAAGUGACUACAAUAAGCUUGUGCGACCAGUUAGAGAUGAAAAUAAUAACAUUACUGUAUCGGUUGAGUUGUACUUGAGCCAAAUUAAUAAUGUGAACGAGAAGUACCAACACCUGAGUAUGAUGGUAUGGCUAACACAGCGAUGGAAAGACGAAUACCUUACCUGGAAUUCCAGUGAUUAUGACGGUUUGGACGUAAUUCGAGUUCCAGCAAGCAAAGUGUGGCUUCCAGAUACAAUACUAUACAACACUCGUGACGAGAGUUCUAAUGAACCGUUUAUGACCGUAACGACAAAUGUAAUUGUGACGAACGAUGGCAACGUCGAUUGGAGUGCGCCCCUUACGAUUAAGAGUCAUUGUUCAGUUGACGUCUACCUUUACCCAUUUGAUAAACAAGACUGUCGUUUGAAGUUUGGAUCGUGGCAGCACGAUACUCGGUAUAUUGACUACUUCAACUUGACGUCAGAUGCGUCGAACUAUGAGGAUAAUGGUGAAUGGCAAACGUUGAAAAUGACCAACACGAAGGAGUUGGAGAGUUUUACUUGUUGCCCGGGUAAGACGUACGCCAGCGUGACGUUUAAACUGGAGAUCAAACGGCUUCCUCUGUUUUAUUUUGUUAAUCUUGUCGUUCCAUGCCUGCUGAUAUCUGCAAUGUCAUUGGUCGGAUUUCUUUUACCAUGUAACUCAGGAGAAAAAGUGUCGCUUGGUAUCACCGUACUUUUGUCAUUAACAGUGUUUAUGUUGGUUGUAGCUGAAAACAUGCCGGCAACUGGUAAUGAUAUUCCGCUACUCUCUCGAUUUUAUAUUAUCACAAUAAUGUUAGUUUCGAUUUCUACAAUAAUGACUGUAUUUGUAUUGAACUGUCAUCAUCGACAAAGCCCGUUGCCAAGAUGGAUGCAAAUAGUGUUCUUACAAUUUCUCGCGCGCACUUUAUGUCUUCAUGUGCACGUAUCCAAUAUUCAGCGAAGCAACUCCAAACGCAACUACGAACCAAUAACUCAAACUAUUUACACGGAUAUGGACAUGGGCCCCCAUGAUGACCCGAUUGAUAUGGCAUCCAGAGAGAAGCGUUUAAAUGGGACGCGUAAUAUACGACUUUCAGCGCUGGAUGCGUCAACGGACCCGAUGUGUCGUGAAAUGUUGCGCCAUCUACGUUUCUUAGUUGAUCAUUUUUCAGAGAAAGAGAAAACCGACCAGCUGAUAAGCGACUGGCAGUUAGUAGCCAGUGUUCUUGAUAGAUUUUUUAUGUGGAUAUACAUCGUCUGCAUCGUUAUCAUCGAUGCGGUUAUUUUCACACAAAUGCUUAACGCCUAAAAACUACAAUUAGGAGGAUGAGUGUAUAAAAGAGUUUUUCUUUGUUAAUCAAGCAGAAAAAAUAUAUUAAAGUGUCAAUGUCAUAGGCUAACUUCUUGUGUCAAUGAACCAACAAUCAUACCUCUGUGUUUUUAACACUAUAAACUCUCUGUUUUGUUUUGAUUGGUUGCCAUUUAAAAAGGUAUUUUGACUUCAGCUCACAUUAUGACGUCAUUAGGGCUGUACAUUAAAAUACUGGAUCUAGAUAGAAUACUGCAUUUAUUCAUUUAUUUAUUUAUUAACAUAUUUAAAAUCUUCCAUUAUUAUUAUUAUUACUGUUAAUAUUAUUACUACUGUAUUGUUAUUAUUAUUAACUUAAAUAACACCAAAAACGAUGAACUUCAACAUUUUAGACCAAGAAAGUAGAUUAUUAAAUGUGUAUAUAAGUGUAAAAGAUGUUUUCCAAAAGACUACUGAAAAUAGACGCAUCGUAUGACCUGACGAAUUAUACAAAGAAAUAGAUAUCAAAAGCCAAAAGAGCCGGUUGCCAGGGAUGUUAGAAUGAGUAAUUUUAAAAGGGUGUCUUUUUAUUAUCAUAAUAAUGAUAAAAAAUUAAUAGUGAUUGACGUAUUCUGCAUAAAGUAAAUUGUAAAUAAUUAUGAAAAAUGUUAUUUGUUGACGUCUAUAAUAAUCAAUUAUUGUCAUUGUAUUCACGUGACGUCGAGUUGACAGGGAGUCCGAAUUUAUCUUCUCAAGCUUAAUUACUUCCUACUUUACAUGUACACAUUGCGCGUCGCACGACGGUGCUCGCGCGACUGUCGACCGAAGAAUCGGCUCCGCUCACUGUGAGCGCUUGGCGACGCCGUCUGCUGAUUGUGAAGGCAGACUGAGCUUUAUCCUGUAGUUGCGGCGUACGUAAGGCACAUAUCAAAUCCAUGCACCUUUGGGACAUGGCAUUUUUAACACUGAUAAUAAGUGUUGCAAUCAGUUCUGUUACGUGAACAAAUUGCUGCCAGUACACGAAUCGUUUGUAUAACCAGGCUCCAUGUAUAGUGUUAAAAUACAGUAAGUGUAAUUAUUGUCAUGUUGAAUCAGUAACAUGUGUAUGAUUAUUUGAUUUCUUAAUGCCACAAGUUUGUCAAGUCCAGUAACGAUAAAUAAAUAAGUUACUGUUUCCAUGUAUUAUAAUAAUGGUUGUGAGUUUCAAUACCAGUUAGGUGUUUAUUGUUCGAUUUGGUAAAACAUGGUACAAAAUGUUUUUGUCAAAAUAUUUUCAAUAAAAUUGGAAGAAGUCUGAAA